UUCGUAUUUUAACCUAGCCUCCCCUUCCUCUCUCAGAAACACAGUAGGGAAAGAGAGUCAGCCUCCUCCGGCCCUCAGAGAGACUCAUGACAAGUCUCUUGCUUUUCUCUUUUCGGUUUUUGAUUCAAUCUUUUUUUCAUUUUUGAGGAGAUUAAAAGAGCGGUGAGCACAAGGUAGUGGCACCACAUAAUUGGUGGGUUGUUUCCCAAUCUUGAGAACCCUAAGCAAGGUAGUUCAUAAUCGUUGCCAUUACCAUCCAUCAUCAAAGCUCACUAGGUGGUUUAGACUUCCAGGAAAUAUGCAGGGACAGGAUCCCUCUUAUGAUGAUGAAAAAUCUCUGGAGAAGAAGCCGAGCAUCUUGUUCAUUGGAUCCUCUAACGUCGGCAAGCGCACUCUCCUCUCUCGCCUAGUCUCUGUGGAUUUUGAAGAUGCUUCUGAUUCAUCAUCAUCAGAAGUGUUACUCCAUGGCUGGACUAUCAACACAAAGUACUACAUGGCUGAUGUUUCCAUAUGCAUCGCUCAUCUUCAUGAUGGAUUCUCCAUAUCCACGCUUCCAACAUAUACCCAAUUGGCUGCCCUUGUUAUGGUCUUUGACAUGACUGAUCCGCUGUCAUUUGCUGUACUUAGGGAUUGGGUAUCUCACAAUGAUCUUCAAAAUUUCGAGAUAUUAUUAUGCAUAGGAAACAAAGUUGAUCUUGUUCCAGGUCAUCCCGUGCAUUCUGAAUACAGAAGGCACCUCCUAAAGGUUGGAGAAUUGUCUGAUGACUCUCAUAUUGAGUUUGCUGAAUAUGGAAUUUCUGAGACCGAAGGUAGUAGCUUGUUGGGAGAAGAUGAAUCCUCGUGGGAGACCAGAAGAUCAUGUUUGGAGUGGUGCACUGAGCAUAACAUUGAGUACAUUGAAGCAUGUGCAUCAAAUGCUGACUUCGACAAAUGUUUAUCAGUUGAUGGCGAUUCACAAGGAGUUGAGCGAAUCUUUGGUGCUCUCUCUGCUCACAUGUGGCCUGGAAUGAUUCUAAAGUCCGGUGAUAAGAUAAACAAACCAUCAUUGCCUGAAAAUGAAGUCUUGUCAGAUGAAGAGUCUGAAUACGAAGUUGAGUAUGAAAUUUUAUCUUCUGGCUCAGCUGAACCGUGGGACAAUACAAAUAUAAGAUGGGUUUCUGCAGAUGGUCUUGCCACCACCUGUGACAUAGAGACAACCUCAGAGAAUGGAACCAAAUCUGAUAAGGAAAAGCUGCAGCCGUCUACAUCAACGACUUCAUUGCAUAAUGAGAUUGGCAAUGGAGCUGUACCACAUGAAGAAGAACAUGACGACAAGAAGAAUCCAGAUGAGAGUUCACAUUUUGACUUUGAGGAUUUGGAACAGUUGAUGUCUGAGAUUGGAAACCUGCGGGGCAAUUUGAGGUUGAUGCCUGAUUUUCAGCGUAGAGAAAUGGCCGCAAAGCUAGCAUUGAAAAUGGCUUCCAUGUUUGGAGGUGGCAGUGAUGAUGAGGAGAUGGAAACUUGAUGCAACUAUUAAAUAGAAAUAUAAUAUUUUUGGUAUAUGAGUUAAAAGUAAUUUGAUUUGGAAAAGCUGGUUAAUCCCUUAUUAUUAUAUCUUAGCACUCUUUUGUAUAUACGAAAUAGAAAUAGUAAAAUCAAUCUUUUCUUCUUCUUCUUCUUC